AUGCACGUAUAUCUUAAAGAUGGAAAUCAAAGGCGUUGGGUUACCAAUGUUCAUCUUCAAGAGGGUUUUAGUCCCUGUAUUGGCAAUGGAGCCAUGAAGAAAUCGUGUGCAGAUGUGUCGAGACUGGAGCCAGCAAUUUGGUUCAAGGUUCUUUUACUAGAAUCAGUAUCUGUUGACUGUGGAAGAAGGAUAGUCAGCUGGUCAACUGGAAGUCACCCUGAAGGUUAGUGGUCUUUUCUUUUUUAAGCAAGCUGUCAAUAAGAGCCAGUAGCUGGCCAUUUCACUAAAUGUUUUGAGUUUGGGAGUUAAGAAGUUUGAUUCGUUCAUACAUGUGUAUUCUGUAGUAUGUCUCGCGCAAUUCUAAUGAUCUUUAAUUCCUUUCUCAUAGUAUAUCUGUCCAUGAUCAGUCAUCAUUCAGGGCUUGAAGUAGUGAGCAGCUAUUAAACAAUUUCCUGCCUAAUAAACUGUUUGUUUGUUCACUCUGUCUUUCCCAGCCUUCUUCACCAGUCAUAUCAAUCCACAGCUAUCACUUACUAUGGAAAUAAUAAUGCUUUUCAAGACUUAGAAGUCAAAAUAACCCAAAAUUUGCAUAAACAAUUCUUUUAAAAAUUUGCAUUAAUCACCACCACCUUCAGUGAACGUAUGACUGAUUUUGAGACUAAACAAAAAAACUUUUGGCAUUAUUCUAUUUCUUUUUGUUUAGAUGCAGACUUGCCUAGUCAAAGGACAUGUUACAUGGAAGGAGAGUGUUAUGAUUAUGAUGCAGACAUAGACGAACUCUUCCACUUGGCUGCAAAAGUUAUUUGCCCAGCUGGUCACGAAGAGGUACGUAUUUGUCAUGAAAUAUUGCAACUUCAUGCAAACCCUGCUCGAAAUUUUUAUUGAAAUGGCAUUUGAUGUUAUCUUACUUCCAAUUUUUAUAUAUUAACAACUGCAUUGUUAAGUGGAGGUUGGGUUCCUGUGACAUCCAGGUGCUUCCACUAUUGGCAGCCAGCUUCUACAGUAAAUGGAGACUGCUCCCAUGGCUGGCAAACCCUGGUAACCCAGCCAUAUCAUGAGCCCCCAUGUAGGAAAGAGAAACAGGCACCUGUCACACUGAGUAAACAGUGGCAACAGGGAGGGAAGUGGUGGGUGAAGCUGCUUGGACGAUGAGCUGCCACCCAAAACAACACUGCAAUUACAAAGCACAUGCAAGAAUGUCUCAAAUGAAGAGCACAAAAAAUUCUGAUGAAUUUACAUAUGCAAAAAUCUUUGACUACUUUAGAGAACACUGAUGCUCUUUCUUUUUAACUCCGUUAAAUUGUAUUCAAUUCCAUUUGUUUGGCCAUUAUUGUUUAGGCUAUAAAUUGGCUAUAGCAGUCUUAUUCCCACCAAGCACCUUUUUUCUUCAAUUUUAAAAGACACUUGAGAAGAACAGAUGAAAGAUCUUAACAGUAACACCUCAGAAGGAAAUUUUUUUCUUCAGUUCAGUUUUCUUUGCUUGUCACUCCCUUUUUUUUUUUUCUUUUUUUUUCAAGUUCUAAACUUAAGUUUUGGAAAAAAAUUGUCUUGAAAAAGUUAACAAUAUUUUUGUGGUGGUUCAUAGUUUUGUUUGGUUUCAAAUGUUCUUUUCUAAGAGGUAACAGAGAUUAUCAUUGAUAUUUUGUGGUUUCUUGUUAAUCUAUAGGAUGGCUGGUGUGUUUUGGAGUGAGUUUGUUAAUAUGUUGUUUUGAGAAUUAUUCUGUUUAUUAAGUAAUUCUACCAACCCUCCUCAUUGCUAGCAUUUUUUUUUUAGGAAAAGACUUCUAUUAUUGACCUAACUGAAGUAAAUUUUAAUUUGCUCUCUUUGUCUAUGAUUAUGUUAAUAAACUUACAAGAAAGGAAACAAAAGUUAACUUUGUAGUUAUGUAAAUUAAGUCAAAACCAAGGGAUGAUUUGAAUUGCAAAAUAAACAACUAUACCUAAAGAUGAUUUGUACCUACUGGUGUAUCAAAUAUUGAUAUACAAAAUCUUGAUAUAUUGUUUAUUUUUUGAAAAAUUUAGAUUCAAAGCUAACACACAUGUUUACUUAGUAAUAGUAAUUCAGUAUUUAUCAGAAUAUUAAUUUUUAGGUCUGUUAUUGAUUUUAUUCCAGAACGGAGUCUCACAGCCCUCAGAUGAAGAUUAUGAACAAUGCCUUUUACGCAUGCUUCACUGCUACAUCCUACCUAAGAUAACCUUACACAAGGAUGACUUAGACAAAGUAAUGAAUGCCAGAGAAAAGCAAGCUCAAAGCAUCCAGGAACUAGAUAGGAAGGUCAUUGAUGAAUGUAAAACCAUCGAUGCUUGUGAGCUACACAUGGAAGAUUUACGCACUCAGUUUCUACCUGACCUGGAGAAAUUUAUUCACCGCGGCUGGUGCUCUAAAGGGUUUCUUGAAGUACUCCUUGAGGACAUUGGUAAAGAAGAACCAAGACUACGGAAACAGGUAUGGUAAUUGUGUGGUUUUAAUUACUCAACCUUUAAAUUAUUUCUAACUACUGUGAAUCCAGAAGAAAGAUGUUGGGAGCAUGGGCCCCAAAAAAAGUAGUACCAGGUGUUUUAUUUUGAAUCUGAACCUCCAUGUGUUUUGCAGAUUGACAAGGCUCAAGAUCAAGUGCAACAUGCUAAAACUGUGGCAGCACAGAAACCCUGUGCAGCAUCUACUGAACAGCUUAAGGCAGCUAGAGAACAGAGAAAUGGAGAACAAGAAAAGCUUGAAGCCCUGCUAUUGACAAGAGAACUCAUUGUUGCUGCUUCUUGUCAGGUAUACUUUAUGAGCUCAUUUUUUCUCCUAAUAAUUAUGAUGAGCUGUAUACUGUAACUCUCCAAUUUUGGUCUACAUGUAACUUGUCAUCUGAUGAAGUGCAAAUUACAAUUAUUUAAUUAGGAACUCAGCUCUUAGUAUUAACAUAGUCAAUAGUACUCUGUACCUAGUAGUGCUCGGAACUUAGUAAUAAAUACUUCUUAGACUUGAAAUUAUUUUGUCAUAACCCUGCUUGUUUUAGUGGCUCCCUGCAUUCAAUGAAAGUGGUAUCAAGCAGAUUCUAUUUUAAGUGGAUAGUCUUAACCAAAUUCUUUUUUACUCCUGCACUAGGGAUAACUCUGAAUACCCUUAACAGGCAAAUGUACUCUUUGUUACACGAAAUCAUUAUAAAGCAAAAUAGCUUCAUAAAAAACAAGAAUUUUGAAUCUUACCUGCUUGUAAUUACAGUCCAAGAGUACACUUUUAACUUACUUUCAACCGUAGUAUUUAAAAAUUGCUCUAAAUGUGAUAACAGCAAUCUAGUGAUAUUCUGUCUAUUUAAUCAAAAAUUCCAAAUUAAAUACAGUCUAAUGACUUAGUGUAGUUUUUAUUGAUUGAAUUACCAUUUAGGGAACUUUUAUUAAUUUAAUUACAGGCUGAAACUGGUGGAGGAGUUGUUGCUGGACAUCACUUACUAAAGCAGUACUUGGAACAAAGGGAGACACUCACUAGUCUCAAACAAAGCCGCAACAGACUUCUAGAACAGAAGGUAAAUGGCUUUAACAGUGGCAUUGGGAAGCAUUCCCUAUGCACUGAGCUGUUGUGGAAUUCUAAAACAGUAAACAGGGUCAUCACAGACGACCUGUGUCCCACAUAUGUUUGCAUCAACUUAACAUGUGUCUGCAAUGAAAGAACAAACAUUUUGUGGGUUUUAAUUUUUACAUAUUUUCCAGUCUCCCCAAUCCUCUAAAGUGAGAUCUCACAAGAAGACAGGAAAAAAAUUAAGUAAAAUAUAGCAGUGCAAAAAUCCCCUACCUUCGGUGAAAUGAAAAACUUCUUAUGUCAAUCAAAUCUUGAUAAAUGUUCUUUGUUAGUAGACUCACUUAAGAUAUAGAAAGUGAUUUUCCAUCAUGAUGUAGUUUCCCUUUCUUAGACUGUUAGUCGACAAGGAAGAAAAUUUGGGAACACAAACGGUUUCUUUCCUGCUAAUUGUUCUGCUGAGUAAACAGAAAAGAUUCCAUCCUUGCAAUGCCCCUCUCCCUUACCACUCAUUUGACCUUAUCAUGUGCAUGAUUGAGCAGACUGCACAUGUCCCAGUCUUUUGAUGAUGAACAAUCCUGGUGUUUGACUUUGUUUGUUUUUCCACUUUGUUUCCAAAGAAUUGUGCUUUGAGUGUAAGAGAAAUGUUGGAUUCUGCCAUGAAAGAGCUGAUUGACAAAGGCUACACUGAUGCAAAUGAUGCAAAUGCUUUAGGAUCUCGAGCGACAGAUGGUAAGAUAUGGAAGCUUUGUAGCAUACUCUCUGCUGACAACAGGUUUAAACAUCAUACACCACACUAUUAUGAACACUGCACUCUUACAGACAUAAGUUAUGUCAACAUGUACAUGUAUGGAACCAAACCAUUUGUAUAAAAGCUCUGUGAAUCAUCCUAUGUGUACUAAAUGAAAAAUGUAAUCCAAAUAUAGCAACUAACCAAGGAAAGGGGGGCUGUCACAUACAGAACUGUGUAGUACAUUGAUUAAUUGCUCUCAUUUCAUUUUUUUCAUGUGACAUUGGUAGUCCUUGAAGGAGUUUGGAAGCCAGAAUGGCAAAGACUGGGUGAAAGAAUUGCUACUCUGGUGAACAAUGAGGAGCAUCCAGUUGGCAACCAUUUUCAAAAGUUUUGCCGAAGGAUCCAAUCACUCUGUGAAGAGCUGCUUACCUCUGGAAGAUUCAGCAGCUCUGAAGAAUUUACCCCUUCAUGUUCACCCUUUGGCAAGGCCUGUGCAAUUCAGUAUGAAUCAUAUGGCAUGGAAGAUUUCAUGACAGAUAAUCAUAGGCUCAAACUCCAAAUGUUACAAUCUGAAAUUUUGAAAGGGUUGGAAACUGCAACAGAAUUCUUGUCUGACAUCUUUAACAACAAGGAUGUGCAUUUUAAAAACAAAAUAAGGCUUUGCUACGAGCAGUGUUUUUAUGAGAAAGAGCACCACUUUUUGGCUUGCGUCUAUGAACUGGCUCAUCAUGAACAUGUGGACAAGCUGCAAGGGGAUGUACAAAGGCUCAGAUGCCUCCCAAUAAAGUUUUUGAAUUUGCCAAUGAAAGAUGAGUGGUGGUUGGAGCUAUUUGAGCAACGAUCACUCCAGGCAAGUACAAACUCGGGACAUUAUCGUCCAUUCACAGAAGCAUAUAUGAAUGGCACAUUAUUAGACCAGGCAGACCAUGGUUUAAGUGGUUCUUAUGACAUGAUUGAUGAAUUAGACGACUUAGUAAACAACACUACAGACACUCAAAAUGGCAGGCACAUAGAAGACAUGGAAUCAUUCAGAAGCUUGUUCAUCAGUGCUAUUCGUAAUCGCUCAAAAACCGUGGCUGUAGAUGAUCUUGAAAAACCUCUUGACCAGCCCAACACAAAUCCUCCCAAGUCAAGGAAUUCUUUUGAGGGUGCUUUAAGCUGUAGUGCGCCCACAAUGGUUCAAAUCAUUGAUUUAUGGAAGACAGCUAAGUGUGAACAAAGUUAUGACAGUGUUGAUGGAAGCCUGGAGAUGAAGCCUUGUUUAAACAGGACACUUUCUAAAAGUGAAAGUAAUCUAAGCAGGAAGGACAGCUCAGUUUCUGGAGAAACUUUUGAGGACCACUUUGGUCCUGCACUUCAAAAUAUCAAAGACAUUUUCAAGGUCACAAGUCCUUUAAACAAACUGAAAUGCCUGACAUCAUCCCUCCGUAAAAUAACAAAUGCUGUUCAAGAGCUGCGGAUGCAGAGUGGACAAGAUACCUUCACUGCAGCUGUAAAUGCAGAGGAUCUUUUGCCUCUGCUGGUCCUGAUGAUGCUCCAAAUGGAACCUUGGGAGGUUGCUGCCAUGUGGCCCCAACUGGUAUUCACAGAGAACCUAAUGGCACCCUUUUUGUCAUCAGGAUGUCAUGGCUGGGCCCUGGUUGAAUUUCAGAUGGCCCAAAGGGUUUUAAAUGAUCUUUGUAAUGAAUUCUAA